AUGCUGAUCAGUUUGAACAAAUCCAUAAAGGCCUCUUUGUACGGGCGCAAAAGGGUCACCCCCUGCUCUCACCCCUCCUCUCCUCCACCCCCUGCCCUCACCCCCGGCUCUCCUCUCACCUCCGGCUCUCCUCUCACCCCCGGCUCUCCUCUCACCCCCGGCUCUCCUCUCACCCCCGGCUCUCCUCUCACCCCCGGCUCUCCUCUCACCCCCGGCUCUCCUCUCACCUCCGGCUCUCUGCCUUCUCCUGUUGCUGGCACCAUCAGGUCAGACCGGUUUAUGAUCCGAGGAGGGAGCAGGUCUCACGUGAAGACUCUUAUCUCGGCCUUCAGCAGUCAACACGUGAAGAGGAGGAGCCUGGGUCUGGUCUGA